AUGGGUUCACAACGGCAUAACUCUAAGGAUCACGAUGAUGACAACUUCGAUAACUUGAAGGAAGCAGAUAUGGAAUCAGACUCGGUGCAGAACACACGAGACAAGCACACAUGUAGGCGGUCCUUGAAGCAAGUGCAGAAGGACAAGGAAAAUGAAGAAGCUCUGCUCAAGCGGCUUGAACGGCUGAGGAAAGAGAACACAAAAUUGAAAAAAAAAGCAAAGAAGCCUAACAACGAGGAUGAAGAUGAAAAUGGCUUCGAAAGCGAGAAGCGAGACCCUCCAGCAAACAACUACCAGUCUUUGUUUGUAUCCCGGGGUACUCUUCAGACUGCCACCAAGGCAUGGCUUCGCCACGCAGGUGACCCGAAGCAGCCACCCGGGAUAACGGCCUCUCCACAUACACCAGAUGCUCUGCAGCCUGUCACAAAUACUCGAGGCUCAAGCCUGGAUCAUGGUGCUGAUGAGCAUCAAGGUCACACUGCAGAACGUCAUCACCCAGCAGCCAGCAGUUCAGGAUUGUCAUCACGUAUGAGCUCCCCUUCACGGACACUCAGUCACCCAUCGUCUAUGGGCUAUGGGCAUGCUGCUGCUCAGUGA